AAGAAAAAUGGCGGUUGGAAAAAAUUUUUGACAUAACCUAUCAGCUGUCAAAUUUUAUUUAUAUUUAUUAAUUAAUAAUAAUAAUAAUUAUUAAGGAAUUUAUGAUGAUAAAUAAUUGAAAGAUUUUAAAAUGUCGAUUAAUUUGGACAUUAGAUUAAAAAGAGCCAGCAAAAUUUAUCAUGAAGAUGAAAUUGUUGCUGGAUUAAUUUUAUUGCAAACAAAUUCAGAUGUCAAACAUGAUGGAAUUUUUCUUACAAUGGAAGGUUCGGUUAAUUUGCAACUCAGCUCGAAAAAUGUCGGAAUCUUCGAUGCUUUUUAUAAUUCAGUAAAGCCGAUACAAUUAGUGCAGUACACUUUAGACGUAGUGCCAGCAGGUAAAAUACCAAGUGGAAAGACAGAAAUACCAUUCGAACUUCCUCUGAAACCCAGAGGAUCGAAAACUCUCUACGAAACUUACCACGGAGUGUUCGUUAAUAUCCAGUAUGUGAUAAAGUGCGAUAUCAAGAGAAGUUUUUUGGCCAAAGAUGUCAGUAAGUCCUUGGAAUUUAUGGUUGAAGAUAAAGCUAAAGCACCAGGCAAGGAAGUGAAGCAGCAGGAGCCUGUCAGACCAGUUAGUUUUAAAAUAAUGCCCGAGUCGUUGCAAAAUUUAAGAGACAAAACUAGUGUUCCACAAUUCAGCAUCUCUGGGCAAAUAGACAAAGUUAUUUGUCAAUUGUCUGAACCUCUUACUGGAGAAGUUGUUAUUGAGCAAACUGAAGCUCUUAUUAAAUCGAUCGAAUUGCAGCUGGUGAGAGUUGAGACUUGCGGAUGUGCUGAAGGCUACUCCAGAGAUGCCACUGAAAUACAAAAUAUACAAAUUGGAGAGGGAAAUGUUUGUACUGGUUUACCUAUACCUAUUUAUAUGAUUUUUCCGCGUUUAUUUACAUGCCCAACAUUAAGCACCAGUAAUUUUAAAAUUGAAUUUGAAGUUAAUCUUAUAGUCGUAUUCGAAGAUGAUUAUUUAGUAACGGAAAAUUUUCCUAUAAUAUUAAAUCGUCAUUAAACAUUUAUUUAAAAAAAAAUUUAUUAUAUUUAUAGACAUUAUUUAUUUGUAA